CAAACAAAAAAAUUCAAUUAGAAUUUUUUCACAGCCAACAAUCCAAAAUUGCAGUAAAAUCAAUCAUAGUCGUUAUGAACGGUAUGGAUUCCAGCAAAAAUAAUUUAGAGUCAUAUUGAUUUCUCAUCACCACAUCAUCGUAUCAUCAUGAAUACAUUCGAUUGGUAUUAUUUGCUAUUAACAUUUCCAUACACUUUGUUUGGACCAAGGAUACCAUCAAUAUGGAUAAGUUAUGGUGCCAAAUGUAUUCCCAUCCUUUAUCUGAUCUGGACAAUCAUUAAGAAUAAAUCAUGGACAAAACGAUUUGAUUAUUCGACCAAAAUUGCUGCAGGUCUCGUUGCAUCAGUGAUUGGCGAUGUUUAUAUCCUGAACAUGGAAGAAAUAUCCAAAUCCUAUAUGAUAAAUGGUAUCAUAUUCUUUGCAUUGGCCCAUAUAUUCUAUAUAUCGGCAAUGAAGGUAAAAAAUUUCCGAUAUUUUCAUCUAUUGAUUGUGGUGAUGUUGUUUAGUUUGGCAUAUAUUAUCAUUCAUCAUCAAUUGAUUCGAAUGAAUUAUUGGCAACAAAUCACAAUCCCAGCUUAUAUUCUCAUCAUACUCACAAUGGCUUAUCGUGCAUCACUUCACCGAGACUCUGUUCACAUUUGGAAUCAUAUUCCAGCAACCCGAAUGGCUGCAAUAUCGUUUGUUAUUUCGGAUUCAAUUCUAGGUUUAACCGAAAUAACUGGUCUGAUUAUGAUUCCAAAAUAUGUCCGUCAUGUACUCAUUUUGUCAUUCUAUUAUUUUUCCCAAUAUUGUUUCACUAAAUCAGCUAUUUUACACAUUUGAUUGGGUCGAAAUAGACGACCAUGCAAAUAUUGUCAUUUGUUUUUUGUUUUGGUUUUUUUUGAUUGAUCAAUUUUGAUUGUGAAAAAUUGAAUGAAUUAAAGUGAAUGAAAAA